AUGAGAUGGUUGGUUUUAUCAACUUCUUCUUCUUCUUUCUUCUUCUUCAAAGUUAAUCAGAAAUAUAUUAUUAUAUAUUAUGAAACUAUUAAAGUAUGGGUUGAUGUUUGUUAUGAAUUCUAUACUAAUGGUGAUGUAUAUGUAUGUAUUUAUGUCUUGUCUGUCUGUAAGGAAUUUGAGUGUGGUCAAAAAUCCUAA